UUCCACCAUCCAUCGAGCCAAAGAAGGAGGAGCACGUAGUGACGGCAAACUCGAUUCUUUUUACUGACUCAAGUUGUCCUCCAGUCAGUCUGUGGAAGACUCGCCAGUUUUGAACGACUCGCUCUUCUCUGGUUGUCCGCCAUUGCUCCACUGUCACACAUACCGGCCCAGAGCAGCUCGGGCAGUCUCCAGUACACGCAAGCAGCCACGUAACGAAGACAUGUUCUCCUGCAGAGCGGCCUGGCAAAGGUGUGGACCUUUGGCGAGGACAGCAGCCUUCAACUUGCCGCGGAAUGGUUUGCAACGAAGGCAAAUGUCAUAUAUGCCUGGUGGCUCUGGAGAAAACAUACUUUACGCUGUGCUGUGUGGCGGAGCAUUUGUUGGUGCUGUGACCUACGUAUACAAGGCUGUGACCACUGACAAUGCCAAGUACAAAGAUCGCAUUGAGGAAAUCGGUGCUAGACACAAGGGCGAGUGGGUUCCCAAACCAUGGCCUCCUCAGAGCAGGAAUGAUGAUGAGGAUGGUCCAGAAGAGGAGGCAGUUGAAGAUGUCAGUCAAGAAGGAGGUGGUGAUGCUGAGUCGGAGACUGAGCCGGAAGGAGUUGUAGAAAUUGUUGCUGAGGUUGCUGUGGUGGCAGAGGAAGUUGCGGAGGCUGCCCAAGAAGUGCAGGCUGAGACAGACGAAGUGCCCCAAGUAGCAGAAGAUGUUGAGGAGACUGCCCAUGCCAUUGCCGAACAAGUUGCUGCUGAGGACCCUGAAAGCAACGUGCUGCUGACAGUAUCCCCUACGCCGGAGAUAACUGAAGUAAGGGAAGAAGCAGUGUGUGCUGAAGUUGCUGAUGAGGCAGCACCAGAGGAUAUACCCCCUCCACCAGAAGAAAUUAGAUCCGUGGAUGAAUGUUCACCUGUGAUAAUGGAAUACAAGGAGGCAGAUGAAGACAUCUCAGGGCCAACAAAAGCUGUAGCAGUAGUGGAGGAGCUUCCAACACUAUUAAACCUUGCACCAGUGAUUGAGGAAGUUCUCAUACCUGUCGCGGCUACACCAAUACUUGAGGAGGCCGCAAUAAUUAUGGAAGCUCCACCUGCAAUAGAAGAAACGUCUACACUAGUGGAGACUGCAACUGCAGAAGAGGUUGCACCAGUGGUUGAGGAAGUUCUCAUACCUGUAGAGGCUGCACCAAUGCUUGAGGAGGCUGCAAUAAUUUUGGAAGCUGCACCUGCCACUGAAGAAACCCCCACGCUAAUGGAGGCUGCUACUGCAGAAGAGGUUGCACCAGUGGUUGAGGAAGUGCUCAUACCUGCAAUAGAAGAAAUGUCUACACUAGUGGAGACUGCCACUGCAGAAGAGGUUGCACCAGUGGUUGAGGAAGUUCUCAUACCCGUAGAGGCUGCACCAAUGCUUGAGGAGGCUGCAAUAAUUUUGGAAGCUGCACCUGCCAUUGAAGAAAACUCUACACUAGUGGAAGUUGCAACUGCAGAGGACGUUGCACCAGUACUUAGGGAAGUGCUUGCACAUGUUGAGGAUGUCUUGGCCGCAUCUGUGAUUGAGGAGGCUCCAUUAUCAGUUGUGUCACAAGUUGUGGAGGAGGAUCCUACCCUGUUAGAGGAACUACCAGUAAACGAGGUAGCUCUCGCACCAUUUGUGGCUGCACCACUGUUGGAAGAGGCCCCUGUGACUGCAGACACAGCACAAACCGUUAAAGAACCAUUGGCAGAAGUGAUUGAGGAGGCCCAUGCACCAGUAAAGUUAGCCUCAGUUGUUGAGGACUCCACGUUACCAAUACAGACUGAACCAAUCAUUGAGGAUGUUCCUCCAACAGAGGAGGCUGCUGUCGAAUCAAAUAUCAACCUAACUAGCCUGAUAGCGGGAGACGCAUCGCCAGCUCUAGUGGAGACCCGAGAAGAAGAACCCAAACGGGAGUUCAUUGUUGUGGUUCUGGAAGGAACACCCAAGGUAGAUAAAUCACCUAGGGUUCUAGGAGUGGCACCGAUAAGUGAAAUAAUUAUCCCAGCUCCAGAAGAUGAGGACAAGCGGAGUCUUCUUAGGAUGCAAAUGCAGUAAUUCUGAGGUAACAUUUCCUGAAUGACAACUUCCUGUGUAACAGAAGAAGAGGGGUGUGCCUUUUUCAACUUGUUUUUCCUUUUAUGCACAAAUAGGAUCUGAAAAGGGUGUGCUAUAUUUGCAAUGUGAUAUAUACAUUAAAUAGUUAUUACCUGUACACUGUAGGUGACAAUCCAAGUCUAGGAAGCACUUAAAGGGAGAGUUUUUUUUGGUGAAACAACUGCAGACAUUUUUGAGCCAUUUAUUUUACUGUACGAUACUUUACUAACUCGUGAACACUCCUUGUAUAUGUUCAACAUUUCUUCCAUCAGCCAUGUGAUAUGUUUGUACAGUGUUCUCUACCUACGGUACAAAUCAUUCCAAAUUCAAAACGGUUUCGCUUUGGUUUGUCUUUGACAGCUGCCGUGACUUUGUAGCAAAUUCACCUACCUCAAAUGUUCAUUUCCACAGACCUCAUCAAUGUCAAACACAUUUUAAAGCAACAUUGCACUACACUACGCUGCUAUCAUCUUUAGUUGUCACACUAUAAUAUGCAAUAUGUGGGGUGGCUCAAUAUAUACACACACACACACACAUAUAGGUACAUGUGGAUUAUGUGUAUUUAUGUACUGUAUAUGUAUGUAUGUACAUAUGUGUAUGUAUACAUAUAUACACAUAUACACAUAUAUAUAUAUACAUAUAUGUGUAUAUAUAUAUAUAUAAUAUACACACAUAUAAAUUAUAUAUAUUAUAUAUUUGAAUGGAAAUAUAUAGGGCAUUUUAUAUGUAUAUAUAUAUAUAUAUAUGUAUGUAUAAAUAUGUGUGUGUGUUUAUAUGUGUAUAUAUAUAUGUGUGUGUAUCUAUAUAUAUAUAUAUAUAAAUAUAUAUAUAUAUAUACAUAUGUGUUUAUAUACAUAUAUAUAUGUGUGUGGGUAUAUAUAUAUAAUGUAUAUAUUUUUAUAUAUGUAAAUUAUAUAUAUGGCAUAUAUAUAUUAUAUAUAUGGCAUAUUUAUAUAUAAUAUAUAGCAUUUUAUAUCAUAUAUCUAAGACCAGGAAACUUGGAAUUCAUUAAAUUUGGCACUCAGGGUUUUUUAAACAAAUAACCAUGGAAUGCAAUCUGUCCUAUUUUAAACAUAAAUUCAAUUAAAAGUGUAUUUUUCUAGACAACUUUAACCAUUUGAUGGAAAUGUGCAUUUGUUGUAUGGAUUUACAUCAAUUUUCAAUACUUUUAAUCUCAACUCAAAUGAAAACACAAAGCCCUUCCUGCAAGCUUCCCUUUCCGAGCAGAAAGUUAGAUAUUGUUAGAUAAGGAUCACUUUAUUCAUGGUAACAAUAAGUGAGUGUGGCUGCGCAGGUGGGAGUGUCAAAGCAGGGGGUUGGGAAUUUUGUAAUUGAUUAGACUUUUUUUUCUCUGUAAUUAAAUGUCCUUAAAUUUAUGUGAACAAUGAUCCCACAAACUGAAAAAAGGAGGCAAUGGUCAGCAAUGCACACAUUUAGCGACACACAGGAGCUCGUUCAAGUUUACUUACCUGUCACUCCAACGAUAUGGACCCGCCCCUGUUGCCGCGGGGCCAAUUACAGGCAACCCCACUUUAUAGUCAUCUGUUUGGAUGUAAAAUAGUUCCAGUAGUAGUUUUGUAACACACCGGUAGGAGAGCGAAUUGCCCAUCCUCCACCUCAGUAAAGAAGCAAGAUAUAUAAGUAUUCCCUGCUCCAUCUUUUCACAAAUUUGGGGUGUCAAAGCAGGUUUGCAGCAAGUGCAGAAUGGAAUGUGACGACAUGCCAGUAAAUGUCUGUAAACACUUGAAUCAGAAGUUACAGCUUUGUUGGUAGAGUUUACAUGUUAGUUCUAGUUUUAUUUCCUCAUUUUGCACGUUCCAUUAUUACUAUCCUUCAGUAUUUUAUGUCCCUGGGCUAAAAGCAAUUGGAAAAAAAAACAUGGUAUUUCUUCUAUUGUUACAGAAUAAAAGGAGUUGAAAAUA